AUGGUCCAGCACAUACAUUCUUUGGAUGAAUUCAAUAAAGCAUUGGCUGAUGCUGGUUGUAAAUUGGUGGUGAUAGACUUCACAGCUACUUGGUGUGGGCCAUGCAAAAUGAUUGCACCGUUCUUUGAACAACUCAGCCUGGACCAUCCGGAUGCAGUCUUCCUUAAAGUAGAUGUAGAUGAUGCUCAGGAUGUAGCAGCAUUCUGCGAAAUAAAGUGCAUGCCGACAUUCUGCUUCUACAAAGAAUCCCAGAAGAUUGACAGCUUUUCUGGAGCAAAUAAAGAGAAUCUGGAGAAGAAAGUGAAGGAGCUGAAGUGA